AGGGAAAGGGGGCCGAGCGAGGGGAGAAAGAAGUGGAGAAAAGGAGAAAGAGAGCGAGAGAGCGCAGGCUGGGGGGAUGUGUAAAAGAAGAAGCGUUGCUAAUUUUUUUUGUUUGUUUGCUUUUCCAUGCAUGCAUAAUGAGGCCUAAUCAGAGCACGUUGCUGCUGCUCGGAGGGCACUUUUGUAUUUAAAGCCUUGCAAAGAAAAAAAGAUCCACAGACGGAUCCGCAGAGCAGCUUGCAGGGCUUGUUGACAACAGAAGCAGCAUCAGUCGCCCAGAGAGAAAGAGACCCUGAAGGCUGCCUCUUCUUUCCCCGUGCUAUCUUCUUGCUAACGGGGAGAGGCGUUUCUUCUCCCCGCCACCCGAAAGUGCAAGGCGUACCAAGAGGGAGUGAGCGGAGCCGGGACUGUGAAUGGGAUCGAAGCGGCUGGCAUGUGCAGAGAUGCUGCGAGCGGAGAGUUAAAAGCUCCCGAGGAGGCAGCAGCAGCAGCUGGGCAUUUAUUUUGUGCAAAAAAAAGAAAAGAAAAAAAAAAAGAAAAAACAGAAACGGAACUGCAUGAGGAGCAGGGCAGCACCAUGAGCUCUCCCGGCGCAGCCUGGAAGUCCAUCAGCCCACUCCGAAGCCGCGCUCCUCCGAGCCCCCGUUUGCACUGAUUCACCCCAUCUCUCCGAGCGCCUUCGCCGCCGUCGCCAAGCCGGGAGCAGCGGGUGUGGGACACGGGACGGCCCCGGGCGCCUGCUUCGUACGGCGGCCUCGCCGGUUCCAGCUCCCGGGGGCUGGAGGGCCUGGGAGCCCGGCGCAGAUGGAUUGAUGCGAGGAGACCUCAUGCACACGGCCGGCGGGAGUUUUGCAAACUUUUCCACGGGCGGCAGCUCCUUCUCCUCCUCCUCGUCGUCUACCAGCGCCUCUCCCCUGCUCGCCUGCGCCAGCCGCCGCCGCCGCCCGCGAUGGUGGCCCGCUCGCCCGCUCGGCACGGAGGCGGCGGCGGGCGCCGCUGGCCGAGGCCGGCCGCCUGGCUGUGGCUGGCGGCGGCGCUGGGCGCCGUGUGGCCGCCGCUGGGCUCGCUGGUGCAGGGCCGGCGGCUGAUCUGCUGGCAGGCGGUGCUGCAGUGUCAGGGGGAGCCCGAGUGCAGCUACGCUUACAACCAGUACGCCGAGGCGUGCGCCCCGGUGCUCCUGCAGCAGCCGCCGGCGGGAGGCGGCGGGGACGGCCCGGCGGCCGCUGCAGGCUCCGCCGCCUCCUCCAGGCGGCGGUGCCCCAGCCACUGCAUCGCGGCCCUGGUCCAGCUCAACCACACCCGGCGCGGCCCGGCGCUGGAGGACUGCGACUGCGCGCAGGACGAGAACUGCCGCGCCACCAAGCGCGCCAUCGAGCCCUGCCUGCCCCGCACCAGCAGCCCGGCGGCCGGCGGCCCCGGCGUGAUGGGUUGCACGGAGGCGCGGCGGCGCUGCGACUGGGACAGCCGCUGCAGCCUGGCGCUGAACCGCUACAUGACCUACUGCGGGAAGCUGUUCAACGGGCUGCGCUGCACGCCGGAGUGCCGCGCCGUCAUCGAGGACAUGCUGGCCGUGCCCAAGGCCGUGCUGCUCAACGACUGCGUCUGCGACGGGCUGGAGCGGCCCAUCUGCGAGUCGGUCAAGGAGAACAUGGCCCGCCUCUGCUUCGGCGCGGACAUGGGCGGCAACGGCGCAGGCAGCAGCGGCGGCUCGGACGGCGGCCUGGAGGAGUACUACGACGAGGACUACGAGGAGGAGCCGAGCCAGAAGGGGAGGGACGACGCGGAGGACAAUGCGGGCUCCGAGCCCGGCUUUCCCGUGCAGGCGGAUAGCGCCGGCCGACCCGCCGCCGCAGCCUGCGCGCUGCUGGCCGCCCUCUUGCUGCCGCUGCUGCCGCAGCUCUAGCGUCUCCCAUCCCCUGCCCUCCUUCCCCUCCUCCGCGCCGGGCCUUCCUCGCCGGGCCGCCGCUGGCUUCCUGGCGGGCCCGGCCGGCGGGGCCCCUUCGCCCGGCGCGGUUUUAAACGCGCUGACCAUUAAGCCUCCGGCCGUUUGUCCGGGCGCCCCUUCCCCCUCCUCCGCGUCUCCCCGAAGGCGGAUGGUCCCCACUCCGCCCCCGCUGCUGCUCUCAGCCGCCGUUCGCGCCCGGCCCGGCCUUCACGGCAGCCUUGGGCUGGCUGAGCCGCUGCGGCCUUGCGGGCCAGCCGCCGGGGCGGAGUGGCCUGCGGGCUCUCGUUUUUCGGCGCUUGGUCUGGAGUGUGCACUAUGCAGUUGCUGCCCCCCCGCCCGGUGUUAGCGGCAGGGGCCGAGCAGACGGAGAGGCUGCGGCGGGCUCCCCGCUGCUGCCAGCCGCCCCCACCCCGCCAGAACCCGGCGGUGACGGCGUGCCGGCCCUGGCGUUUUGUAAGCGUUUUGACAUGAAGGUUAGGAAGAGGUGAGCUAUCCACACUUGGUGCCAAAGCUGUUGCCGUGCUUGCUAGUUAACAACUUGAUUAUCAUUCGCCAAGCCUCGCUCUUCACGAUGCAGUGGUGCCCGAAAGUGGGUUAUGCUGCAUCUGCCAUUAAUUAAAUUUAAGGAAAUAGCAGACUGAAUAAAUUCUGUGGUUUACAGCACUCGCUCUUGCACACACAUCUUCCCUAUAACAAAAGCGUGCCAGCAGCCAUCUAUUCCUCUUUAACCUAGUCACAUAAAAGAGAUUUUUUUUUUUCAGAGUUGUUGGCUAUAGUGAACAAUGCAACUUUUGUUUUAAAAGAGCUCUGCACUGCCAUCUUUGAAAGACACUUUUAAACUCGAGAACAUGUAUGUACAAAUAUCCUGAAAAGUUAUAUUGCCUCUUGUCAUAUCAGGGUGCUGACCUCUGGUAAAUCUUAUAUGAAAAAUGUAUUUAAAACUGGGAUUUGUUACCAGUCGCUCUUCUUUGUACAUAGAAUUUUAUAAAUUGUAUGCUUUGGGGAUAAUUUAUUUAAGAAAAAAUAAAGUUUUAAAUCCACAUCCUAUUUGCCAGAUAAUUGCAUUUACUAUUCUUUUCUGAAAAGGUACAUAUUUCAUUUUAUGUUUAAGGGGAUAUCAGCAACAGUGAUUCGGUGAAGCAUUGUCUAGAACAUCAAAUGUACAGUGUAUUUUAUAGAUUGGAACUUAACUUUCUUAUUUUGAGAGACUUUAUGAACGUUGUAGAAUUGUAUAAACACAUUUCUGAGCUGCCUUAAACCUUGUAUUUUUUAUAGAAGGUGUAAAAACGGCCUGUGUUUUAAAUAUGUAUGGCUUUUUGUAUUUUCUAAACGUGUAAAUUAGUAAAGAAAGAGCUUUAAAUAAUGGGUGUAGUGAAGUUGUUUUCCAGGGACACUUGAACUCUCAGCACCCGAGGUUGGAGGAGGAGGCGGGGAGGGGGGAGCAAACCACAGAAUUAACAAACCAAAAACAACAAACAAAUCUCUGUCUGCCUGUAAUACUUUACAUAGAUGUAAAUUACUGCUAUUCUUACUUUAAUGAAUAAUUACAUGCAAGAAGUAAAUACAGCUUUGAAAGUA